UUUUUUUCAUAAUGCGUUUUUAGAGACAAACCCUUGUCGAUUACCUCCUGCUACAAUUGCUCGUGUACGGUGUUAUAAAUGGUGGUUGCCCUUGUUCUUUCUGAAUGUAAGAAGCAGCAUUGAUUCUCACGAGCAUUUACAGUUAGUCCUAUCUUGCACGAAAAACGGUUGUUUCUUCCCCAAUAUGCAACUUUUGCCGAUCACGCGGGCAGCCUUCCUCGGCACACUAGCACUCGCGCCACAGUUGCUGCCGUUUCAGCGACUCCCUAAUUUCCAAGCACUCGACGAAGUUCCCUCAGAAAAAGCCGCACAAACUAUAAAUGGGUCCAAGAUCCUUCGUGAACGAGUCCGUGAGCAGCUUGCCCGAGAUACCUCAUUGGCAGGUCCCUUGUUGCGUUUGGCCUUUCACGACGCCACCACAUUCGAAAGUUCCAACGGCUUUCAGUCAGGAGGCUCCAACGGAUCCAUCCGCUUUGAAUUGGAAAAGAUGGAGAACCGGGGAUUGAUUCGACCUUUGCACGUCGUCGAGGCAAUUCAUGGCGAAAUCAACAAAACCUACGGUAUUUCCCUAGCCGACGCCAUCGCCCUGGCAGGCGCAGUCGCUGUAGAGCAAGCUGGAGGGCCGUUUAUUCCCAUACGACUCGGACGGUCGGAUGUGUCUAGAUCCGAUCCAACCUAUUUGCGAAAAACGCAACGUAGAGAGACUGAGCGAUCUGUGGUUGCUGAGACCAUGCCAAAUCCAGGUCUCGAUGCGGACGGGCUUCGUUUGUAUUUUGAGCGUCUUGGCUUGUCAGAGUCCGAGUUUGUGGCUCUAUCAGGGGCGCAUAGCUUAGGGCGUCACGUGUCUCUGCUGGGCAUGUCUCCAAGUUGCUUGAAAAACUUGACCCAGAAGUGCCUAGAAGAGGCACCCACACUCCUGCCCUUUGUUUCUUCGUCAGUGGAUCGGUUUGACAACUCUUAUUUUCCAGCACUGAUGAAAUGGAACAGUCGCAGUGUUUUUAUUGGUGAGGUGGCGUUCAUUCCUACGGAUGUAGCGUUGGUCGUAGACAAAGGCUUGUAUCGCCAUGUAGUACGAUUUGCGGACGACCAGUCCUUAUAUUUUCGGACCUUCCGACGCGCCUACCAGAAGCUGGUGGAAAACACCGCAACAUCAGUAUUGCGCUACUGAUUUUGGGCAACGGACCAUUGCCGAUUUACGUUUAAAGUUUGGCAAUGUUCCUGGUGCCAAACUUGUAUUGCUAUCAAUUCAGUGGUAUCGUGAACAUUUUGUUACCUAAAUUCGUCAGUGAUCUUGAAUUUGGCCAGAGAGCUCCGUGCUUCAUUAUCACACUCCUAUGGCACCGAUUGGUGAAUGAUGAAUAUUGAUAAAGCAAUCGUAUCCGACAUGUAAGCUUCGGGUAGUUCACUUUCCGAAACAUUCCUUUCCGGUAGUUCAAUUUCUAAUGACACCGUCUCUUCGAUAAUCGGUCAUCGAUUUGUCAUGCGACGCAACAUGAGACAAGAAUUGGACCAGAAUGGAAAGCACCUUGAAAAAUGUUGGUGUGUACAAGAAACUCCCAGCAUACGUUAAAAAAAAGAGAAACGGUCUACCUCCAGUAUUACUCGUUAAGACACAUAACAUAGACACGACCAAGCCGUUCCAAUUCUUCAAGAGCGGCGAGACCUUCUGGACCGUCUCGUUGAAAAUCACGGCCUCGUCCAGCUUUGGAACUAACCAUUUGGAGGGUAGAGUCCAAAAGUGAAAGGACAUCACCAUUCAAAAACUUAUUGAGGGUGUUUCUCACAAAUUCCAACUCGUUGGCCAACCGAUCAGCUUGUCGAACUUUGAGCUUCAGUUUACGUUGCAUGACUUCAUUACAAAUCCCUUCGACAACCCCGUCAGCAACAGUGCUCAUUGAAAGGUGCUGAUAGGGAACGCCUUCGGAGCGACGAACCUUGUCUCCUAGUGUUUGCUCGACUUGGGCUCGGCAACGGACAAUGGCGAGCAAAGAUGCCGACAAAUAUGACGGGAAGGAAGUCUGAGCAACAGAGUCGCCAUCCUGCCCCAAUGAGUCUGCUUCGAUAUCCAGCCAUGCGAUCCGCGUGCUGCUUGCAACACUCAUUCGAAUAUUCUCCAAGUACUCAUCGAACAUAAGGCUCUCCAGUCCCAUGAUAUCUUCCAUCAUUGCGUCUUGAAUAGCAUUCGUGUUUGGCGUCAAAAACGAAGCCUCUCCAAUAAUUUUCUCCAACCUAUUUGCCACAAUAUCGGCGCACUCGGAAACCGCGCUAAGCCGCCCCAAAUCAUCGCGAUCUCGCACGUAGCUAGCCAACCCUUCGCAGCAACGUCGAACUACAAGCUCGCACCCCUUCUCGACUUCGUUGGAGCAUUCGUCAGGUCGCGAGAGCUGCUCUGAAAGGAUUUGUAAGCAGCCCAGAAGAGAAUCUGUGUCAAACUUGCCACUUCCUGAAGCUCUGUUCGAGCAUGCUCUUCCGCAUACAUCGAAUGCAUAAAUACAUCGCCUUUUCUCGAUUGUAAUGACAGCCGAGUCUGCGAGAGCUUUGGAGUCCUCCAACGGCGACAAUUUAAAUACAGAGGCUGUAUCAGAUUCAGGACGGAGAUUUUCGGCAUUAGCUGUUCCAUGGACAAGGAUGUCUACCAGUUCCGCAAGCUCCUUGCCGACCUUUGUGCUUUGAGACGGCGGCAACGGAGACCGCAGCAAAGCUCGAAGCUUUUCGUCAACAUUUUGGCCGAACGUUGAAGCAAUGUCUUUGCCUCCACUCCGCGUAGUCGAUCCAAUAGCACAAAAUGAUGCAUGCUCCACAAGUCGAUGCAAAGAAGGCGCAACAUUGCUAACGAAUACUUCGAAUGCACUCAAAUGAAUGUCGGGGGAUUUGUGGGAACGCAUACCGACGCGAGCGGCUCUCCGCUUUUCGUCCUCUCUUGCAGAAUUUCCAACUCUCAAUAGUCGGGGAAGCCAAACACGCACCAUACCGACAGCAUCCACAGUUGAGAGAACACGUGCAUCGAGCACAUCGUAUUUCCAUUGCUUUCCCGAGGCUUUCAUUGCUGGAGUGCGGAUCGCGUCGGAUGAUACAAAAUCGUCGUGGACCUGCGACAAGGAUUCACCUGAAAAAAUUCGACCGCAGCUUUCAUCAGCUGCUGUAAUGAGUCCCUUGACCCUUUCAGCAAAAUGCGCUGCUUGCAAAAGGAGACAAGCUAGAGCCGGAGGGUGAUCGCGAAUUCGGAUUAGACUCUCUCCGAUUUCGUAAAUUCCUCUCCGCUCCUGCGGUCCAUCUUCGAAAUUUUUAGGCUCUCCUUUGCUAUCGGGCGGUGGCAGUAUAUCGAGAGCAAGAAGCUCGCCGAGAUGACGAAUUCCAUCCGUCAAUUCGUCAACGGAAGCGUCAGCCUGAGCCAGACGACGCUCUAAUUCGCGGCGAGCCUCCCGCACGCAUUCUUCAGCUUGUGACUUGACAUGAACAAACAAUUUUAUUUUGCAACUGUCGUCAAUGACCAAUACCCGUCGGUACGCCUUGAGGGCUUCAGAGUAGCGGCGGUUUUCAACAUGUUGACGCAUCGUGGAAGGGACUUGUAAAAUAGGGGCAGUGCGUUGUAAGACCGACAAGGCGGAUUGCACUUUGCGCACUUCGCUGGUGUUAUCCAAUAAUGGCUUAAAUGAUUUUUUGGCCUGAUACGCUCCGGACUCAGCAAUGG